AUGACUCGCGUUUUGCUCACCGGUGCCUCCGGCUUCAUCGCUACCCACAUCCUUGACAUACUUCUGGCACACGGACACUCUGUCCGUCUCACCGUCCGUAGCGCCGACAAGGCUGAAAAGCUCAUUGCCGCGCACCCCGAGCACAAAGACCAGAUCGACUAUGUAAUUGUCAAGGACAUCGCCGAGGCUGGUGCAUUCGACGAGGCGGUAAAGAGCGACCCUCCCUUCGAGGUUGUGCUUCAUACCGCAUCGCCUUUCCACUUCAACGUCAAGGACACGAAGAAGGAUCUUCUGGACCCGGCUAUCAACGGAACCACCGGUAUCCUCAAGGCGAUCAAGAAGUAUGCGCCCACUGUCAAGCACGUGGUUGUGACUUCUAGCUUCGCAUCUAUCAUCCACCCUAAAGAGGGUAAAUGGCCUGGAAAGGUGUACAGCGAAGCCGACUGGAAUCCGACUACAAUCGAGGAGGCGGAUAGUGAUCCUACCACUGGAUACCGUGCAUCAAAGACUCUGGCCGAGAAGGCUGCGUGGAAGUUCCUUGAGGAAGAAAAGCCCAACUUCACGCUAUCGACGAUCAACCCUCCGCUAGUUUUCGGUCCAGUGAAGCCAUACAUGCAAGCUUUAGAAUCGAUUAACACGUCAAAUGAGCGCUUCUGCAACUUUUUGAACGGAAAGAACAAGGAGAAGCUGCCGGCCAACAGUGGUUUCGUCUGGGUUGACGUUCGGGACGUUGCCGCGGCACAUGUAGCUGCGUUCGAGAAGCCUGAGGCUGCUGGAAAGCGCUUCUUCGUUGUCGAGGGAAGCAACUUCUCCAACCAGCAAACUGCCGAUAUCAUCCUCAAGCACUUCCCCGAAUACAAGGAUAAGCUGCCGGCGACGAGGGAGGAGAACGACGGCUUCGAUUACCUUGAGGGAGGCUUGUACACCGUCGAUAACUCGAGGAGUAAGGAGGUGCUCGGGCUCAAGUACCACUCAUUCGAGGACUGUGUAGUGAACACCGUCAAAAGUCUCAAGGAGCUGGGGUUGUAA